ACAGACAUGAUAUUAAGUUUAAGCCUCUCAAAACAACCAACCCAAAGUUAGCUUAGCAGUGGCAACGGAUUCCACUUCCCUACCAGAAAACAACAUAGCUCCACGUAAUCAGCUCCUCUUGCAUUUUAUUCAGUAAAAAAUAAAAAUAAUUAAAUAAAUCACUCUAUGUAAACUUCGUAGUUAAGAUAUUCCAAGGCCUUGGCCAAAAAAUCCAAACAUAUACAUACUAGCAAAAAAUAAAUAGUCAACGACAGCCUGUUCUAGAAAAUACGUGGUGACCAAGAUAUCCAAAUAUGUUUCAGCAAAAGAAAAUAAUGAUUAGAGAACGUACUACGUAGUGCCCAAGUAAUUGAGCCUCGUAUAAAUUUAACAGACAAAUCAAACCCAAUCUCAAACAACCGAUUAUAUCUGCUAUUUUCACAGCUCAGCUCAGCUCAACUCUCAUCGAAUCUUUAGUCUUCACGGCGGCCAAAUUGAGAAUGGCUCCUCCAAGCCUUCUCGGUCCGCCAGAGCUCUACAACAACCCAACCCCAUCACAAAAAUCCCAAGCCAGCACCGGCGCCGGGGACCCUUUUGUAGAUCUCUUAGUGGCCAACUUCAACAACUUGCGACCAGCUGAAACAAUUCCGAGGGGUUUAACUGAAAAUCAAUCCCCCACCUUUCUCUCCUCCGGCAAUCCUUGCCUUGACUUCUUCUUCCACGUGGUACCGGACACUCCAGCUCAGUCACUGACCGAGAGGCUCCGGUUAGCCUGGGCUCAUAAUCCCUUGAUUACGCUAAAGCUCGUUUGUAAUCUUCGUGGGGUUAGGGGAACCGGUAAGUCAGACAAGGAAGGUUUCUAUACGGCGGCGUUUUGGCUUCACAAACAUCAUCCCAAGACUCUUGCUUCUAACGUGGCAUCAUUGGCUGAUUUUGGUUACUUUAAGGAUUUACCAGAGAUUCUAUACCGACUUUUACAAGGUCCUGAUGUGAGGAGAAUUCAAAAGGCCGAGUGGGAACAGAAGAAAGGUGUUGGGUUUCGAUUUCUCAAGUCUAAGAAGACAUCGAAACCGUCGAUCAAAGGGGUUCAAUCCACUGUGCCUAGAGAGAUUAGAGUGUUGAACGAUGUGGAGAAAGCAAAGAAGGAGAAGCAGAGAGCCAGAGUGUUGAGGGAAGAGAAGAGAAUCGCCAUGGCUAAAAAGGUUGUCGACAGAUAUAUUCAUGACCCUGAAUUUCGAUUCUUAUAUGAAAAGAUCACAGACCAUUUCGCUGAGUGUUUGAAAAUUGAUAUCGAGAAUUUGAACAAUUGUAAAGAAAAAUCUUUUACGUUUAGUCUGGCGGCCAAGUGGUGUCCUUCUCUCGAUUCUUCUUUCGAUCGUUCCACCUUGCUUUGCGAGAGCAUUGCUAAGAAGGUUUUUCCGCGUGAAUCGUGCCCUGAGUAUGAAGGCGUUGAGGAAGCCCAUUACGUGUACAGAGUCAGAGACCGGUUGAGGAAGGAAGUGCUUGUUCCCCUGAGAAAGGCCUUGGAAUUGCCAGAGGUUUACAUAGGUGCCAAUCAAUGGAACUCCAUCCCAUAUAACCGUGUGGCUUCAGUAGCCAUGAAAUUCUACAAAGAUAAGUUUUUGAAGCACGAUGGCGAAAGGUUUAGAGAAUAUUUGGAAGAUGUGAAACAGGGCAAGUCCAAGAUCGCUGCUGGAGCUCUACUUCCCCACGAGAUCAUUAACUCGCUCCACGAGGGCGACGAUGGCGGCCAAGUCGCCGAGCUUCAGUGGAAGAGAAUGGUUAAAGAUUUGUCAAAAGAAGGAAAGUUAAAAAACUGCCUUGCAGUUUCUGAUGUUUCCGGAAGCAUGAGCGGUACUCCAAUGGAGGUCGCUAUUGCAUUGGGAUUACUGGUCUCUGAGCUGAGCGAGGAGCCUUGGAAAGGAAAGAUCAUCACUUUCAGCGAGUUCCCAAAACUGCACAUUAUCGAAGGUGACAAUCUUGAAUCCAAGACUAACUUUGUGAGAAGCAUGGAUUGGGGAAUGAACACUGAUUUUCAGAAGGUGUUUGAUCAAAUUCUGGUAGUGGCGGAGAAUGGAAAGUUGAAAGCAGAGGAAAUGGUGAAGAGGGUGUUUGUGUUUAGUGACAUGGAGUUUGACCAAGCGUGUCUGAAUAGUUGGGAGACUGAUUACGAGGUGAUAAGGAGGAAGUUCCAGGAGAAGGGGUACGAGAAAGCGGUGCCGGAGAUAGUGUUCUGGAACUUGAGGGAUUCAAUGUCGACGCCGGUGAUGGGGAAUCAGAAAGGGGUGGCUUUGGUGAGUGGUUUCUCAAAGAAUUUGAUGAAGAUGUUUUUGGAUAACAGUGGUGAGAUUGAUCCAAUGGGUGUAAUGGAGGUUGCCAUCGCUGGUGAGGAGUACCAGAAACUGGUAGUCGUCGAUUAAAUUGAAAUGUGUAUAUUUUGACGUUUUGUCUCUACAAAGUUUUAAACAAGAAAAAAUAAAAUAGAAAGGACUGAGAAGAGUCAUUGAAGGUUUUUUGUUUUCUUUCUUUUAUUUGUUCUUUAUCGACUAUUCUGUUACCUAUGA